UUGGGUAAGGCACAGCUGUGUUAAGUACAUGUGCGCCAACUAUCAUCUUUUCAGUGCCAGUAGUGGGAGAGAUGGAGUAUGUUAAGGAAACAAAGGAAGGGCACUCACCUGGAGAAAUUUACGUUGAAGUAAGAUCUGAGGGAAGAAAAAGAGAUAAUACUAGACACACACACGAAGAACGAGAGGCUCAUGGUAUCAUCAAUGCACCAGGGACACACAUUUCAAGGGACAGGCUGCAGAGAAGGCAAACCCGACCAGAGAGAAGGUGGUCGGUGCAUAGCAGGGACCUUUCCUACAUCUUCAGCUCUAAGAGUCUCCAGUUCUGGGUAUGGCAGGAUCCCCGAGAAAACAGAGAUAAACACAGAUGCUUGCACAAGCCUGCGAGACAACUGGAGGAUCCGACUAGAGUUGAAAGGGAGGCUUUCGGCAACCUGCGCGUUUUGCUGUGUUCAGUGCGCAAGUCUUCCAGGGACACAUUUCUUUCCACGCUCCAGGGAACCUCCCCGGGCCACCACCCCACCUGCUGGACAGCUUCCCAUUUGCCGAAAUUUUGUGGGUGCCGCCUCUUUAAGCGCCGCGCGGCGCGCAUGCGCCCUGGCUGUGGGCCGGGCGAACCCGGCUUCUGCGCGCAGAGCGGCUUGGUUUGGGUCGGGCGUUGCCGGAGCCGGCGCGUCCUCCACCUCUACGCGGAGCCCCGCGGCCCCGAGCGAGGACCGCGCCUCCGGAGCUGCAAGGCAGGAGCCCGCGUCUCCUCUUCCUCCCGCUCGGGCCGAGGCUGA